GACGGUAGUACACACUCGUUGUUGGUAUCGAAUGCACACCGUUUCAGUCCGUCUCCGCAGUCGUCUGUUAGGUGGACGGUGACAGUCUUGACUCCGUGAAGGCCGUACACGACGCCCCCCGCCUCCAUGGCCCAUUACAGCCAAAACCACGGCCUUUCUUGCAUCGACGACUGGGGAUACUCCGAGUCCCAGGCCGGUGUAGAUCGUUAUGGGGGUGGCGGGGCGUCGUCACAGGUCCCAGGACCAAACAUCCCCUCUGAAGCGGUCACCGGUUGUUACCAGCAUGCUUCACCGGUUGUUGGUGGAGGGUGGCCGUCACCACGCCCCAUCGAGGACAGUGAUGGGACACAGGUCCCUCCAUCGGCGGGGGGACUGCAAAGACCACAUGACAGUGAAGUGUUCUCGGAAGAACCGGUGUUUGCUUAUGUCCGGUCCCCAGGAGUGCACGUGCGGCAGGUGACGAGUCACGCCACCGGUCAAGGUCAUUCCAAUGUUGUCACAGGCGGUCGUGGUGUGUGUUCGCCUGUGACGCCAGUGCGCAUGUUCAGAAUCGGUGUGGGCGGUGAGGAUGAGCAUAGUCUGAGGCAGAGUUUGAGGAUGCGUGCAAUGGCAAUGGCGGAGGGCGUCAGCACACACACCGUCCAAGGAGCAGUCGGAGGGUGUGACUCUCCAGGUCCCCAUGUGACACUGAGUGGACAUGGUAGUCCGAGUCCGUCCUCCGAUGGUUCGCGAGGGAGUGCCACGGUGCAGGCUGGUGAACAAUGUGCACCCGUUGCCAUGUCACCGAUCGGGCAGGAUAGUCGUGGCGAUUCACAAGAGGCGACCCCAGACGGUGGCAUGACGCAGCAAGGUUCCGAAGAACCACCAUGGUCUUCCCAGUACGUCCUCAACCGGAUAAUCCGACAGAACAAGCGGGGUAUUCCCCCCGCGGAUGAUGUCAAUUACGUCGCAGACGGAGAUGCUGCAGGUGCUCCGCAUCCCGCCCCGCAGCGCACGCCUCCCCGCCCGACACCUUCUGCUGCUGCAGCCACGGCCACACCGUCCCCCAUGAGCACGGGGUCCGGGUCCCGUCAACUGCCAUCCGCGGUUGAACCGGGGGCUGGAACAUUCACAGGUGUCCCGCCCCGGUCUGUUUUGCCCCCGCCGAACAAUGAUCGGUGGGCAGAGACGGAAACCGAGUGGCUGUGUCGGUUCCAGAACGAGGUGAAGGACAUGAUGGGCGAUGACACCGAACCGUACGGGCGUGCGAGGCUGAAAGUUGGAUUCUGGAAGAUCGUCGAACAGCGCAUGCGAGAGAAGGGGUACAAUCGCAAAGACGACCAGUGCAAGAACAAGUUCAACUUGAAUCAGAUCCUUGACCACUACAGGAAAUUGAAGGCGCACAAAGGAUGGUCUGGUCUUCCAAGCUACUGGGACAUGAACCAGACAAUGCGCAGGCGGUAUAACGUUGACUUCGUGCUCUGAUGAAGUUGGUACGACAUCAUCCACCCUGCGGAGAAGGACAAGGACUCCAUCAACCUCACUAAUUUGCUGGAUUUA